UCUUGUUCGAACAACGACCAUCUCUCACAGAUCAAAAACACAUCUCCUCCAAUCUUCUUCCUCUGUCUCCAAUGGCAACAGAAACCGUAACCGACACUACCUUGCCAAACCAUGACGAGACCGAGAAAGAGGCAACAGAGUUCGAGAAGAAUCGGAAACGGUACCAAGACCUGAUCUCCACGUUUCCUCACGUGAAAGGCUGGAGGCCCAAAGCUCCCUUUAUCAAGUACUGUGGUCACUGGUGGGUACAGCAUAUCCUCGAAGGUUCUCUUUACGCACGAGAGUUCUUCCAAGCUCGACCUAGUGACUUCCUCGUCUGUAGCUACCCGAAGACAGGUACCACUUGGCUCAAAUCACUAACAUUCGCAAUAGCCAAUCGAUCUCGCUUCGAAGAUUCCACAAACCCUCUCCUCAAACGUAACCCUCACGAGCUUGUUCCUUUCAUUGAGAUCGAGUUCCCUCUGUUCCCUCACAUUGAUGUUCUCCAAGACAAAGGGAACACUCUGUUUGCAACUCAUUUGCCACAUGAGUUACUACCUGAUUCGGUUGUGAAGUCGGGUUGUAAGAUGGUUUACAUAUGGAGAGACCCAAAGGACACUUUCAUCUCCGUGUGGCAUUUCUACCAAAAGAAUAGGUCAGAAAGUGGCUCGCUCAAUGGUCUUGAGGAGUGUUUUGAUAUGUUCUGCCAAGGUAUUUCCGGGGAAGGUCCUUAUCUUGAUCAUGUCUUAGGUUAUUGGAAAGCUCACCAAGAGAAUCCAGAUACGAUUUUGUUCCUUAAGUACGAGACUGUGAGAGCUGAUCCUUUGCCUUAUGUGACGAGAUUGGCUGAGUUCAUGGGUUAUGGGUUCACAGCUGAGGAAGAGAAGAAUGGGGCUGUCGAGAAAGUUGUAAAUCUUUGCAGCUUCGAGACAAUGAAGAAUCUUGAAGCUAACAAAGGAGAUAAGGAGAGAGAAGACCAUCCUUCUACUUAUGUAAACAGCGCGUUUUUUAGGAAAGGAAAGAUCGGAGACUGGGAGAAUUAUCUGACUCCAGACAUGGCAGCUCGUAUGGAUGGGAUAAUGGAAGAGAAAUUCAAGGGUACUGGUUUGCUUGAAAAUGGAAAAAGGGAAUUGGCUUUGCAUGAUAUGGUGCAUGAAUGAUAUUAGAAUUAGUGCUGGUUGGUGGUGAUUGAGAGAUAAAUCAGUGUUGUGUCACGUAGACCUAAAGGCAAACGAUUCUUGAGUUAGUUUCUGAGGUUCGCCCUAGCCGCUCCAUAAAGGCACGAUUCCCAAGGCAAAUUUCUUCUUCACCUUCUCCGGCGCCGGUGAGGCGGGAUCUCGCUGGCGCCCGGUCCUCUCUUCCUUUUUCUUUUCUUCCUGUUUGUCUUUUUUUUCUCCUCACAUCUCA